AGGGACAGAUGCCCUGCUUCGGCACCUGGAGGACUGUAGGUAUAAGGUGUCCAGGAAGAAAGCUCAUAUCUGCAGACAACAGGUAUGCUACCUAGGAUUCACUAUUCAAAAAGGGGAGCACAGCCUAGGGUCAGAAAGAAAGCGGGUCAUCUGCAGCCUACCGGAACCUAAAACCCGGAAGCAAGUAAGACAAUUUUUAGGGGCUGUGGGAUUUUACAGAUUAUGGAUCCCAAACUUUGCAGUGCUAGCUAAACCACUGUAUGGAGUUACAAAGGGGGGGCGACAGAGAGCCCUUUGAAUGGCGGACUCUACAACAGCAAGCCUUUCAUAAGUUAAAAGAAAAACUUAUGUUGGCCCCAGCUUUAGGAUUACCAGAUUUGACAAAACUUUUCACGCUCUAUGUGUCAGAAAGAGAAAAAAUGGCAGUGGGAGUUUUAACUCAAACUGUGGGGCCCUGGCCAAGACCAGUGGCCUACCUCUCAAAACAAUUAGAUGGGGUUUCUAAAGGCUGGUCUCCAUGUCUAAGAGCCUUGGCAGCAACGGCCCUGUUAGCACAAGAAGCGGAUAAACUAACCCUUGGACAGAACUUAAAUAUAAAAGCCCCCCAUGCGGUGGCAACCUUAAUGAAUACCAGAGGACACCAUUGGCUAACAAAUGCCAGAUUAACUAAGUACCAAGGCUUGUUACGUGAAAACUCCCACAUAACCAUUGAAGUCUGUAACACUUUAAAUCCUGUCACCUUGCUCCCGGUAUCUGACAGCCCUAUUGAACAUAACUGUGUAGAGGUGUUGGACUCUGUCUAUUCUAGCCAACCAGAUCUUCGAGACCAGCCGUGGGCAUCGGUAGACUGGGAAUUAUAUGUGGACGGGAGCAGCUUCAUCGACUCGCAAGGAGAAAGGUGUGCAGGAUAUGCAGUACUAACUUUGGAUGACGUUGUUGAAGCUAAGCCAUUGCCUCAGGGCACUUCGGCCCAAAAAGCAGAACUCAUUGGUCUUACUCGGGCUUUGGAACUCAGUGAAGGUAAGACUGUAAAUAUCUAUACUGAUUCUCGAUAUGCCUUUCUAACCCUUCAAGUACAUGGAGCAUUAUAUAAACAAAAAAGCCUGUUAAAUUCUGGGGGAAAAGACAUAAAAUAUCAACAAGAAAUUCUACAAUUAUUAGAAGCAGUGUGGAAACCACAAAGGGUGGCAGUCAUGCAUUGCAGGGGACACCAGCGGGUUUCCACCUCAGUGAGCCAAGGAAACUCCUGAGCAGACACAGAGGCACAAAAAGCAGCAUCUACUCCUUACCGGGCGUCAGUCACAGCCCCACUACUCCCUCAAAUGCUUGACCUGGUGCCAACUUAUUCUAAAGAGGAAAAAGACUUUCUUCAAACAGAGGGAGGACAAACAAUAAAGGAAGGAUGGAUAAAGUUGCCAGAUGGAAGAAUAGCUGUGCCACAGCCGUUAGGAGCUGCAGUCGUGCUGGCUGUACAUGAAACUACCCAUCUAGGCCAAGAAUCACUCAAAAAGCUGUUAGGCCGGUAUUUCUACAUCUCACACUUGCCAGCUCUUGUUAAAACAGUGGCUCAGCGAUGCGUUACCUGUCGACAACACAGUGCAAAACAAGGCCCCUCUGUGCCUCCCGGCAUACAAGCCUAUGGAGCAGCUCCUUUUGAAGAUCUUCAGGUAGACUUCACAGAGAUGCCUAAAUGCAGAGGUAACAAGUAUUUACUGGUUCUAGUGUGUACUUACUCUGGGUGGGUGGAGGCUUAUCCAACAUGAACCGAAAAAGCUCAUGAAGUAACCUGUGUGCUUCUUCGAGAUCUCAUCCCUAGGUUUGGACUGCCCCUAUGAAUUGGCUCAGAUAGUGGGCCAGCAUUUGUGGCUGACUUGGCACAGAAGACGGCAAAGAUAUUAGGAAUCACUUGGAAGUUACAUGCUGCUUAUCGACCUCAGAGUUCCGGAAAGUUCACCCUUUUUCUCCAGGUGACCAUGUGUGGAUCAAGGACUGGAACGUGACUCCAUUGCGGCCACAGUGGAAGGGACCCCAGACUGUUGUCCCGACCACUCCCACAGCUGUAAAGGUGGAAGGAAUCCCAGCCUGGAGUCACCAUAGUCGUGUGAAGCCUGCAGCAGCUGAGACCUGGGAGGUCAAACCAAGCCUGGACAAUCACUGCAAAGUGACCCUGAGGAAAACGACAAGCCCUGCUCCAGUCACUCCCGGAAGCUGACUGGUCUACGCAUGGCCGAAGCAUGAGGAAAAUUGUCGUGGGACUUAUUUUCCUUAUAACAUGGACCCCUCUCAACCUCCCAUGAUCACAGUCUUUGAAAUAAGACUAAGGACUGGUCCUUUCCUAAAAGACACAAGUAAAAUAAUAGUUAAAACAGAAGAAAGGGGGGUCCUCAAAAAUGUAACCUUAAAAUUUGAUGCCUGUGCCACUAUUAAUAAUAAGCUGCACGGGAUAGGAUGCCGUUCUCUAGAUUGGGGAAAAAGUUACACAGCAGAAAAUAAGUAUAUCUGUCAAGAAUCAUAUUCACAUGACAUGUGUCAGUACUGGUCUUGUGUCAUUUGGGCUACCUGGAAAGAAGAUGGAAAAGGUCCUGUUUGGCUCCUCCAAAAAGGAAAAGCCAGCCCCUCCUGGAUGAGUGGGGGCUGCAAUCCUUUAGAAUUGAUCAUCACAAACCCCUCAGACCCAGAAUGGAAUCAGGGAAAAUAUGCAACAUGAGGCAUUGAUGGGAAAGGAGUAGAUCCUAGCGUAAGCCUCCUAAUAAAAGGAGAUAUUCAAAGAUGCUCCCCAGAACCAGUAUUUCAGACUUUCUAUGAUGAACUAAAUGUGCCAGUACCUGAGAUUCCAGGAAAAACUAAAAAUUUGUUUUUGCAAGUAGCUGAGCAUGUAGCCCAGUCUCUAAAUGUCACUUCAUGUUAUGUUUGUGGAGGAACCGUAACAGGAGAUCACUGGCCAUGGGAAGCCCGAGAAUUAGUUCCUACAGACCCAGUUCCUGAUGAGUUCCCAGCCCAGAAGAACCACCCUAACAAUUUUUGGGUUCUAAAAACCUCAAUUAUUAGACAGUAUUGCAUAGCUAGAGAAGGAAAGGGAUUCACUCAUCCGUAGGGCGGCUGACUUGUCUUGGGCAAAAGCUGUAUAAUGGUACCACAAAGACAGUUACACGGUGGAGUUCCAACUACACAGAAAGAAAUCCAUUCAGUAAACUUCCAAAGUUGCAGACUGUUUGGGCCCACCCAGAAUUCCACCAAGACUGGACGGCGGUUAUACUGGAUACGGGGACACAGAGCUUAUGCUAAGCUGCCUGAUCAGUGGACAGGUAGCUGUGUAAUUGGUAGCAUUAAGCCAUCUUUCUUCUUACUGCCCAUAAAAACAGGUGAACUCCUGGGCUUCCCAGUUUAUGCUUCCCACAAAAAAUGGAGCAGAGCCAUAAGUAACUGGAAAGAUGAUGAAUGGCCCCCAGAAAGAAUCAUACAAUACUAUGGCCCCGCCACGUGGGCUCAAGAUGACUCAUGGGGAUAUCAGACCCCCAUCUACAUGCUCAACUGAAUCAUACGGUUACAAGCUGUUUUAGAAAUUAUUAAUAAUAAAACCGGUCAAACCUUGACUAUUCUUGCCCAGUAAGAAACUCUAAUGAGAAAUGCUAUCUAUCAAAAUAGACUAGUUCUUGACUACUUGCUCGCAGCUGAAGGAGGAGUUUGUGGAAAAUUCAACCUUACUAAUUGUUGUCUACACACAGAUGAUCACGGGCAGGUUGUCUACACAUAGAUGAUCAGGGGCAGGUUGUCUACACAUAGAUGAUCGGGGCAGGUAGCCGAAGAUAUAGUUACACAACUGGCACAUGUACCCAUGCAAAUGUGGCAUGGAUUUAAUCUGGAAGCCAUGUUUGGAAAUUGGUUUCCAGCAAUAGGAUGAUUUAAAACUCUUAUAAUAGGAAUAAUAAUACUAACAGGAAUCUGCUUACUGCUCCCGUGUCUGAUACCUAUACUUCUCCAAAUGAUAAAAAGCUUCGUCGCUACUUUAGUUCACCAAAAUGCUUCAGCACAAGCGUACUAUAUAAAUCACUAUCAAUCUAUUACACAGGAAAACAUAAAUAAUGAGAGUGAGAGCUCCCACUAAUAAAAUGAGUGAAAGUCUCAAAGGGGGGAAUUGAGGAAAGAAAAAGACCCUCUCACAAUGUUGUAUCCUCAGCACUUGUUCUUUAAAAAAUUAAUAAUAGAAACAAUGAAGCAAAACUAAAGACAGGCAGCCUGGCCGGGUUUGCCCGGCCUAAACCUAAUAGUUAAAAAUCAACUUAUGACUGAUGUUCCUGACAUUAUGUAAAAGAACGCAGUGAAACUCCCAGCCCUGUUUUGUUUCUCUCUGACCACCGGUGCAUGCAACCCCUGUCACAUACCCCUUGCUUGCUCAAAUCAAUCACGACCCUCUCCUGGGAAAUCUUUAGUGUUGUGAGCUCUUAAAAGGGACAGAAAUUGUGCACUCAGGGAGCUUGGAUUUUGAGACGGUCGCUUGCCGAUGCUCCCAGCUGAAUAAAGCCCUUCCUUCUACAA